AUGCGGGGCCCGGUGGUAGACCGGCUUUUGACCCCUGGUGACGAGAUUGGGGUCAAACGCUUGAAGAUCCAAACAGGCCAUACGGCGAGAGACUCGCUGACUCAUCUGAGCAGUCUGUGUGUUGUCAUACUUCAGGAGGGUUUCCACACGGGAGCAAGUCUCAAGAGCUAUGUUAGUGAGGUUUUGAGACGGUCUCGCAGUAACUUGUCUGUUCUGCGUGUGACAACAUACUAUUUAUUACAAGUUAAUGGUCUACGACAAAACAACAGAUACCUACAUUCGGGUACCGACUCUGUGAGCUGUCCAAAGAGAUGUUUUUUGACGUGUUUGAUUCUGGCCUCCAAGUACUUGCAGGACCAGAAUUACACGCUCAAGACAUGGAGCAAAAUCACAGGGUUGGGUAUAGACGAACUAAAGACUAAUGAAACCAAGAUGUUGGAGCUACUAAAAUACAAGCUCCACAUCAAUGAAAAAGAAUACGACAGAUUGAGCAAGUUUACGAACAAGUGCGAGGACAUGUUAUGUGUCAAUAGGGAUGUCAGUUUGUUGACUCCACCGUCAUCUCCUCGCGAAUGGCGAGACGACGACCUUCCUGGCUGGCGUGCGACGCAAUAUCCGGACUCCACUAUCAGUGUCGAGACACGGACCAAGCUGGCGCGCGCCAUCGAGCAGUUUGUCGAGUUUCCUGCUACGAAACAUCACGAUGACGACACUUUUUAA